AUGUCCAUGUUAUCGGUAUCAUCACAGAGUAGAAAUCUCUCUCCUGCUAGCGUUUCCGUCCAGGCACACUUUAAGUCCACUUCCUGUUGUGUAAGUGGACGUUUUGUUACACCGUUGUCAGUCAUACCUGUAAAACCCAUGGAAGACGAAGAAAUACUCUUGGUCAAUUGUGAGAAGAAAUUAGAUGUUACACGUUUUCUGCAUACCCAGAAACAAAUUAAGGACACUUACGGCAAGGAGGAGGCUGUUGUGCCAUUGAAGGAGCGACUGCGAGGCAAAUUUAAAUGCUCUGGCUCUUCAUGUCUACGUAAAUGCCUCGCCUACAUCCCAUUUAUUAACGUUAUACGGACAUACAAACUGCGGGAAUACAUUCUCGGAGAUGUCCUAAGUGGAAUUACCGCAGCGUGUCUACAUUUUCCACAAGGUCUUGCGUUCGGGAUCCUCGCCUCUCUUGCCCCGGCCUUUGGUUUAUACACUUCCUUCUUUCCCAUCAUAUUCUAUAUGUUAUUUGGGACAUCUCACCACAUAUCGUUUGGUACAAAUGCUGUCAUCGCCCUUUUUACAGCGGAAAUGGCCCAAAACCAAGUCAGCGGUCUUGUGCAGCAGACAGUAACUAUUGGGAACGGGACAGAAAAUGAUACGGUAACGACGGUGGGACUUGACGACGACGCCAUAAUGGAUAUCAAAGUGAUGACAGCUUCUGGAGCAUCACUGAUUGUAGGGAUCGUACUGUUAGCCAUGGGUAUAUUACGGUUAGGCUUUCUCACUUCGUACAUGUCAUCAUCCUUCAUACACGCGUUUGUGUGCGCUAGUGCAUUUCACAUUGCAUCAAGCCAAGUUCCCAAGGCCUUGGGUAUAUCUAUCCCUUUGUUUACUGGUCCUGGGAAACUCGUUCUGUCAUAUAUCGAAAUAUUCAAAGCCAUUCCAGACAUCAAUGUCGCUUCGUUAAUCAUCACAAUUAUCUCGGUGACGAUUUUAUUGUUAGUCAAGGAAUGCAUCAAUAAACGAUUUAAAGAUAAGAUGUUAAUGCCCGUGCCCAUAGACCUAAUCCUCAUUGUUGUUGCCACAGUCAUAUCGCAUUUUGCAAAAUUCAAAGAAAACUUCCAAGUACCUGUGGCUGGCAGUAUUCCCAGUGGAAUCCCGGCUCCCCGGGUUCCAGUUCUGACUUCAGAUUAUAUUGGAACAGCUAUAAUAGUCGCCAUUUUAGUUUUUGUGUUGUCAAUCGCAAUGGCACGAACCUGCGAACUAAAACAUGACUACCAAAUCGAUGACAACCAAGAACUUGUUGCUUAUGGAGUUUCCAAUUUAGGUAGUGCGUUUUUUCAUUGUUUCCCGUCCUGUACCGCGCCUCCCCGAACAAUGCUUUUAAGUUUGAUGGGCGCAAAAACAACAUUGAACGGUCUAUUUUCAGCCAUCGUCAUGCUUCUUGUAUUGAUGGUGGUUGGGCAGCUGUUCGAGUCACUUCCGCUUCCGGUUCUGUCAUCUAUGGUCAUCAUUGCUGUGAAAGAUCUUCUGAUGCAGGUGACGGAAUUACCCAACUUCUGGAGAAUGAAUAGAUAUGAUUUCCUUAUAUGGAUGGGCACAGGGUUGUGUGGCGUGUUUAUUGAUAUCCCAUAUGCCCUAUAUGCUGGUGUUGGACUCGGUCUGGUAACGGUUAUAGUACAGAGUCAGCGGUCAGCUGCCUACACACUUUCAACACCCGAGGACGAGGAUAUAUAUCUGGACUCUUCAAAACACCACCAUCUCUAUCAGCUACCGAACAUACGUAUAUUCCGAAUGGAAGCAUCCAUCUAUUUCGCAACGGCAACAAUCUUCAAGCAGAGGUUAUAUAGAGAGGUAUGCGAUCCAAGGGAACUUAUAAAGUCAAAUGCAACGGAAGACAAAAAUGGAACUGAACACAAUGACAUUGGGGUAAAUGAAAAACCCAGCAAACGUUACCAGGAGGGAAUUAAAUAUGUGGUGAUAGAUUGUUCUCUCGUCAGCUAUAUCGACAUGAAUGGGAUGAAGAUCUUGGCUCAAAUCGACAAGGAAUUCCGCAAAGCGAACGUCACUGUUGUCUUAGCGCGGUGUUCGCGUUGUGUGCUACAAAGCCUAAGGACACCAUUGCUUACGGACGUGUUUACCGACAAUAAAGUAUUCCUGGAUCUAAACGACGCCGUAUAUGCCUGCAAACAAUCUUUGGUUUAG